AUGGCUUCAGAGUUUCCACGCCUCGUAAGGGGAAUCACGGUUGAACGCUUAGACAAGUUCACCUCAAAAGACUUCUUUGCAGAUGUGAACUUGUUCUCUGCGUUGUACAAAAAACGCACUGAUGACUUCAAACAUGUCCGUCUUCAGGUUCAUUCUGUUCAGGGUUUAAAGCGUAUUCCCUUUGACGAAGCCAUUAAGAAAGAAUUUCGACCGGCGAGUGUCGGCGAUUCGUUUGGUCCGAGUUGGUCUACACAUUGGUUUCAUAUUGUUGUUAACGUGCCAAAUAAUUGGGUUGACGAAGAAGUUCAAUUUUUAUGGAAUUCGGAUAACGAGGGAUUAAUAUGGUCUAAAGAUGGUGUACCACUGCAAGGACUUACUGGUGGUGGCGGACUUGAUCGUCGCGUCGAAUACAUUCUUACUCCACGCUCAAAAGGAGGUGAAAAGUUUGAAUUCUACAUUGAGAUGGCAUGUAAUGGAAUGUUCGGAGUCGGCGACAAUGGUCUCAUUAAUGCACCCGACCCACGAAAAUAUUAUACUAUUCGUGAGGCAGCAUUAGCUGUACCCAAUAAAGCAGCAUGGGAACUCUGGUAUGAUUUUCAAAUUAUCCGUGGGAUGGCUAAAGACAUGCCACAUGAAUCGAUACGCGCCGCACAAGCACUUUACGCCGCAAAUGAGAUUGCGAAUGCUUUUCAUCCGCAUGAUGAUCACUCUAUCCAGGAUGCAAUUAAAAUUGCUAAAGAAUUUUUGAAAGACAAAAAUGGAAGUACGCAGCAUCAGUUGAUUGCUGUUGGUCAUUGUCAUAUUGAUACCGCUUGGCUAUGGCCUUUUGAUGAGACAAAGCGUAAAGUUGCGCGUAGUUGGUCAACUCAGGUUGACUUAAUGGAUCGAUAUCCUGAAUUCAAAUUUGUAUGCUCGCAGGCGCAACAAUUUGAGUGGUUAAAAGAGUAUUAUCCAAAAUUAUUUCAUAAAGUACAAGAAAAAGCCAAAAAGGAGCAAUUUUUACCGAUUGGAGGAGUAAAAUGGACUAAAUUGAACACGUCAUCUUUAUUGGUCAGACAACGAUUCUUUGAAAAGCAUUUCGGGAAAAGAUGCAAAGUCUUUUGGUUGCCAGAUACUUUUGGUUAUUCCGCCCAGUUACCUCAAAUUAUUCGAAGUGCUGAUAUGAAAUAUUUCUUUACGCAAAAAUUAUCCUGGAAUAAUAUUAAUAAAUUUCCCAAUACGACAUUCUAUUGGGUUGGUCUAGAUGGUACUAAGGUUCUUACUCACAUGUGUCCAAGUGAGACUUAUGUGGCUCAAGGGACCGUCGAUGAGCUUAUUAAAAGCGUAACCAAUAAUAAAGAUAGAGAAUAUACCAAUGAAAGUUUACUUGACGGCCUUCCAAAAGUUGAAAUGGGAUCGGCGGAUGAUUUCUAUGAACGGCUUGAAAAAAAUUCAAAGAAAUUGAUCACGUGGAAAGGAGAGUUGUACUUUGAACUUCAUCGAGGUACUUAUACUUCGCAUGGACGUAUUAAGCGAUAUAAUCGAAAGUCCGAAUUACUCUUGCGUGACAUCGAACUUUUGUCGUGUCUUACUCAAAUCAUACACAAUCAUUUCAAAUAUCCGAAAGAGAAAUUGGACAAACUCUGGAAAUAUGUCUUACUUAAUCAAUUCCACGAUGUCUUGCCUGGCUCUUCUAUCGAGAUGGUUUAUGAUGACGCGUAUUUGUUUUAUGACGAAGUUGAAAAAACUGGUGUAACUCUUCGUGAUGAAGCACUCGACAUUUUAUUCGGAAUAUCAAAAAGUGUUGAAAGUAAACAUAAAGGAUUGGUCGCAUUCAAUACUUUGUCUUGGGAAAGAAAUGAGCUCGUCAAAGUUUCGGUUACUGAUGGAUUACCAAAUCUGCAACAAUAUAGCGAGGAUAAAAAAGAAGGAUACGCCUUUGUGAAAAAUGUAAUCGGUAUUGGUGCUCAACCAAUUGAUCUUGAUGAUAAAUCUGAAUUUACUCCAGUAACUGCAUUUGAGAAUGGCCAUGAUUUUGUCUUACAAAACGAAUUUAUAUCUGUGACGUUUGACAAACACGGUCAUUUGACUAGACUCUUUGAUCGUAAAUUAGAUCGCGAGGUUAUUCCUGAAGGUGAAUUUGGCAAUCGAUUUAAGAUUUAUGAAGAUAUACCAUUAUUCUGGGACGCUUGGGAUGUUGAAAUUUAUCACUUGCAGAAAGGACGUGACGCUGGUCUUGGACAUAUCAAGAUUCACGAACAAGGCCCACUACGUGCUUCAUUAAAAUUAGAGACAAAAUUAACAAAGACGAGCAGUCUCACUCAAAUAAUUUCAUUAUCUGCAAUCUCGGCAAGGAUUGAUUUCGAGACAGAAAUUGACUGGGAUGAGAAUAGACAAUUCUUGAAAGUUGAAUUCCCGGUUGACAUUAAUCGAGAUGUUGCAACUUACGAAACUCAAUUUGGCUUUAUUCAACGUCCAACUCAUUAUAAUACUACAUGGGACGCUGCUAAAUUCGAAGUUUGUGGACACAAAUUUGCCGAUUUAUCAGAAUAUGGUUACGGUGUAGCAUUACUUAAUGACUCUAAAUACGGCUACUCAAUCCAUAAUAACAUUAUCCGAUUAUCGCUUUUGAGGUCACCAAAGGCACCAGACGCGCAUUGUGAUAUAGGACAUCACGUAUUCAAAUAUGCACUCUUGCCGCACGCUAAUUCUUUCUUGGGAUCAAAUGUCGUGCGUGAAGCUUACCAAUUUAAUGUUCCUCUCAUUGUCAGAUCAACAUCCAGAGAAAUCUCUGCCUCAAUAGAACCUAAAUCUUAUUUCAAGAUCGAUGACGCAGAAAAUGUUAUACUAGACACGAUAAAACGCGCCGAAGAUUCCGAUGAGAUUGUGCUACGUUUGUUUGAAGCGUAUGGUGGGCAUGCUAAAGCGCGAUUACGAAGAUGGUGCAAUUCUGAAGUUCCGCCCGUUCCAAUUUAUUACGUUAAAGGUGACGUUGAG